AUGAUAACGGCAGUACCACUUUUUUACACUGGGCUAAUAGUAUGCCUGAACAUCAUUGCGACAGGGGGUGGAAGCAAUCUCUUCCCGCCAGAGCAGUUCUCCACUUUCACACAGAAAGAGAUUGACGAGAGAAUCAAAGGAUCCAAGAUCGUGGUCAUCUCCGAGCAAUGCAUGCUGAACGUAAUUUGGUCUUUGAAGGCCUGUAUGCUAUUCAUGUAUGCCCGCAUGCUCACUGGAACGACAAACAUGAAAUGGAUCAAAGCGGCUGCAACAUGGGUUGUUGUUGGUUGGUUAAGUGUUGAGAUUGCCUUCUUCAGUGCAUGCCGUCCAUUCACAGGAUACUGGGCAAUGCCGCCUCCAAACCCGCAAUGUACGACACUCGAGCACUUCGCGAUUGUACAAGCAGCUUUCAAUCUAAGCAGCGAUGUCCUUAUCAUCGCUGUGCCGAUACCGAUGAUCGUAUCGCUUUCUCUUCCCUUGAAACAGAAGGUUGUUCUAGGCAUACUAUUCAGCAUGGGCACUUUUGUUAUCAUUGCAGCAAUUCUAACCAAGAUCUACAAUCUUUCAAACGUGUAUGCUACCACAUACAUGCUGUGGUACACCCGCGAAGCUUCCGUUGCAGUUUACGUCGCCAAUCUUCCUAGUAUAUGGCCUCUUCUCCGGGAACAUGUACGCUUCCUUCGUGAGCAUACGGGUUCUUACACCACCAGGCGAUCAAAAUUACCUGAAUACGGUUCACAGGGAUAUGGUAAUCUGCCUAGAAGCAAGCGUCAAAGCCGCGUACCAACAUUCAUCAAUUCCGGCUCAGAUGACAUCGAACUCGCACAUGAUAUGAAGUCAGGCGUAAGAGCAAUAUGCACCUUCGAUGAGCAGAUUCAAGAAACCGAAAAUCCGUUUAUGAGAAGAGAAGAGAUUGCGGGAACUGAUGGGAAGGGAUCGGAUAAGGGAGAGGUGAGUGGCCGGAAGGCAAAGAAUGGUAUUGUCCGUAUGGAUGUACAAGUUGAUACAGAAGUGGAGAUUCAGAGUGAUCGAUGGUUGGGAAGUCAGCUGGAGUUAGGGCAAUCAAGGACAGUUCGAUGCGAAGGGCCCGAGGGACAGGCAGGAAGAUGGUAA